AUUAUCAUCGUAUACGUAUAUAAUAUACAUAUAUAUAUAUAUUCUUCUAGGAGAGACACCGAUCUCCUCCUCCUCCUGUUCGUCAACCCUCACUCCCACCCGUCGGUUUCGCGCGCGCCCGUUUUUCAGCGUGCCGAGGGCUACCUCUAUAGUAUCUAUGCGUAUUCGGUACUCACUAACACUCGGUCUACCGUCGCGGCUCAGUCGUUCCGAUCACUCGGCGGCCGUAUCACGCGUCAAGCACACCCGUUCGCGUACCGAAAUAUCGUCGAGCACAGAAGCGCGCGCACGUGUUCCUCGACGUUUGUUUAUGUUUUUUUUAAAGUUUUUUUCUUAAGACAUUUCUACUUAGAACCAAAAACGAUUUGUUUUUAUCGUUUUCGACCAACCGGAAAUUAAUUUCGAAUAUUAAAUUUCCUUGAACCCGUCAAUAACACUCGAGAUUUAUGGGAACCUGGACGCUGAAAUCGGAGAAAGAUGGCGAAACGGAAGACGGAGAGGUGGUGAGCACGCUGAGCUGCUAUAACUCUGCCGAGCUGCUGGGUGUGCCGGCCAGAAUGCCUCACAAUUACGGACCGGAAGCGCCCAUGCAGUUCCGGCCCGAGCAGAGACUGACCCGGGACGCGAUGGAGAGGUAUCUACGGGACCGCAAUGACCUGGUGCUGGUGAUUCUACACGCCAAGGUGGCGCAGAAGUCUUACGGCAACGAGAAGCGGUUCUUCUGCCCACCGCCUUGCAUCUACCUGUUCGGCGAUGGCUGGAGGCUCCGGCAAGAGCAGUUGCUCAGGGAGGGCGUGUCCGAGGGCAACUCGCAAAUAAGCGCGUUCAUCGGCAUCGGCAGCAACGACCAAGAGCUGCAGCCGCUCGACCUGAACAACGGCAAGCAGUACUGCGCCGCCAAGACGCUGUUCAUAUCGGACUCGGACAAGCGCAAGCACUUCAUGCUCAUGGUGCGCAUGUUCUACAACGUGGGCUACGAUAUCGGUACGUUCCACAGCAAGCGCAUAAAGGUCAUAUCGAAGCCGUCCAAGAAGAAGCAGUCGCUGAAGAACGCCGACCUGUGCAUUGCCAGCGGCACCAAGGUGGCGCUGUUCAACCGGCUCCGGUCGCAGACGGUGAGCACACGGUACCUGCACGUGGAGAAAGGCAACUUCCACGCCAGCUCGACGCAAUGGGGCGCGUUCACCAUACACCUGCUGGACGACGACGAGAGCGAGAGCGAGGAGUUCAACGUGCGCGACGGGUAUGUGCACUACGGCAGCACGGUCAAGCUGGUGUGCAGCGUCACCGGCAUGGCGCUGCCCCGGCUGGUCAUCCGCAAGGUGGACAAGCAGAUGGCUCUGCUGGAAGCCGACGACCCGGUGUCGCAGCUGCAUAAGUGCGCGUUCUACAUGAAGGACACCGAGCACAUGUACCUGUGCCUGUCGCAGGAGCGCAUCAUCCAGUUCCAGGCGACGCCGUGCCCCAAGGAACCCAACAAGGAGAUGAUCAACGACGGCGCGUGCUGGACCAUCAUCAGCACCGACAAGGCCGAGUACCAGUUCUACGAGGGAAUGGGCCCGGUCAACUCGCCCAUCACGCCCGUGCCGGUGGUGCACAGCCUCAACCUGAACGGUGGCGGCGACGUGGCCAUGCUGGAGCUGACCGGCGAGAACUUCACGCCCCACCUGCAGGUGUGGUUCGGCGACGUCGAGUCCGAGACCAUGUACCGGUGCCAAGAGAGCAUGUUGGCUGUCGUGCCCGACAUAUCGUCGUUCAGGGGUGACUGGCUGUGGGUCCGGCAGCCCACCCAGGUGCCCGUGUCGCUGGUCCGCAACGACGGCAUCAUCUACGCCACCGGACUCACGUUCACGUACACGCCCGAGUCCGGCCCCCGGAACCACGUGCAGAACACGGACGAGAUCAUGCGUGCGCAACACUCGCACGGACGGCUGCAGCCCAUGCAGACCGACGUGCACUGGGACCAACACCCGUCCAACAUCAAAGACUACCAAUGACGUCACGACAAUCACGCCUUUGACCGGAGCCAACAGUGACGUCAUAGGUCAGAAACUCGCAGAAAACCCAAACAAAACCCGGUCGUAAAGACGUAGGUACUUUAAUCUUUGUACUUGUGUGUGUGUACUUAACUUCUCUUCCUAAACACAACGACACGCAAGCCGCAAACAGAUCUGAAAACUUAAACUUUCAAGGUGCUCGAUGCCGUCCCGAGUUCGGUUUGGUUCGGCGACUGGAUAUUUUUGUAUACUUUAUAUUGUAAGCUAUGUCUUAGGCUAUACUUACCAAACGAGAUAUAGACUGCGCGCUGGACAGGGAUAGAUGGUUGUCUAAUUAACGUGUAAAACGACUAAGUUUGCAAAGUGUAACUUUUCAUGGAAUUUUAAUCAUAAAAAUUACAUAUAGCUUUUUUUUUUUCUUAUGGCCACAAAAACGUUACCCUCAUAGUACCAUAGUAUGUGACCACGAGUCAACAGGUCUGUGGGUUAGGAGUCAUAUUUGUGCAAUUUUUAUAAAACUUUUGACAUUGACCAGAUUGUGGUUGGAUAAUAAAAAUAAACGUGACUUGUUCGCUCAAAUUAAGAGACGAUUUUCAGCGGAUUCACUCGGUUGACAGUAAAAAAUAAGUGGGUUCUAUAUUAUUAUUAUCAAUCACGGAAUUCGUGCAUCGCAGUGUGAUUGUAAACAUUACAUCGUCGACAGACAUUAUUUUCUAAUUAAAAUCGUGCUGAGAAACCCAACCUAACCAGCGCAAUGCACAAAAAAUAUGUGAUUAAAAAAUUAAUAUACUUAAAAAAUUAAACGCAACAAAAUAUGAUAUUAUGAUGUAACGUGUUCUGUUUGUCGCUUUCAAAUAAUAGGAUAAUCGCAAACGUUGCGGGAAAGUACAGAAGUUAAUUAAUUUUUCGUGGGAAUUUCUAUUUUUAUAUAAAAAAAAACCAAAUAACGUCUAUUUCUCUGUUGUUCACAAAGACAAAUAUAUUUUUUCGUGAACAAAAAACCACACAAAGGGUUUUUGAAGACAAGUCAGGCGCGCAGUCUAGUUCUCGGUGUUGUAUGUUUUUUGGUCGACCACUUUGUUUUCAUCGUUGGUUCCAUCGCUAUCGACUGAUUCUAUUUACCUAUGUUUAUACACUCACUUCACCCCACCAAGCAGUAAUAAUAUUAUCCUACGGUUAGGUUAGGUGAAUUUUACACGAGAACGGUUUGUUUUUCCUCUCCACUUCACCCCUCUCCUUACCCUUCUUUUUUUCAUCCCUCGCUUUUUACCUUACCAGUGAACACAGUAUUCGUGUACAUACGGUUAAUGCCAAAGACAUAAUAUUAUAAUGUAUUAUAUUAUAGUGUAUGGUAAUAUUAAAAUGUUAAUACACUAUUCUCAAUAUCAUUAUUAUUAUACAUAUAUAAUAUAUUUUGUUUAGUUCUUAAAACGGUUGUGAUCUAUUUUUUAGAACAUAUAUUAUACAUAUUAAUAUAUAUAAAUAUAUAUAUUUUUUUUGUUAUUCUUCUGUUAAGCUUUCUUCUCUAUACGUGUGCACGCACCAAAACCAAUGUAAUUUUACACCAGUAAUAUUAUGAUAUUGGUUGUGGCAAUCUGUGUAAACCUAAAUCUAUAACUAUAUCCAAUCGGUUAUAAUAUUAUAAUAUAGGUACAUUAUAUUUUUUAUCACUGCGUUAUUAUUAUUUUUAUUUUUUUUUUCUUAAUUAGGCGCCUAUAUUAUGUAUUUUCGGUAUCUUCUUCAAUGUGGUUAAUCCUUCUAGCCCCCCCCCCUCGCCUUCCCCAUUUCUAACCCCAUAACAUUAUGUUUAGCGUGUUAUAAAAUGUUAUGCAAUGUGUAUUUAAAAAUGAUUAUUAUAAUAAAUUAUUAUGUAUACGCAUGAACGCUGUCUUGUGACAAACCAGUAUUAAAAUAUAAAUUGUAAAUAAAUACUGUACAAAAUAUAAACAUUUGAUAUUGAUAGGUAUAAUUAUUAUUAUGAAUGUAUGAA